AUUUUUGUUUCCUUGCUCUUGCUUUGCGAAUGUUUGCGAUCAAAUUCUCAGGUUUAAAUUAGUGGUAAACAUUCUAAAUCCGUGAUUAUAAAAUUAAACAUGAUUGCCUUACAAGUUAUACGCUGCUCCGUGACCGGACGAGCAACGGUGCCGCGGCCGACAUGGUCUGGCAAUCGUAACUUUUGGGGCUGGGUCAACAUGAUGUUCAACCGAGUUGAUGAGAAGCGCCUGAAAGUGGUAGGACCGGACCGUCUUUGUGCCGAGUGGUUACUGCGUAAUGGAGCUAAAGUGAAAUUCGUGAAUGUCCCUCACGUACAACAACAUUACAAUUUGCUUCCGGAGGAAAGCGUUCGAACGCUGGUGGAAGAGCUGGACGGUACGGAAUCGGGAAUAAUGCACAUUGGAUUCGACCAUUUGAAGGGCUUGAAGCACCUGAGAAAGGUAAAGCUGCACAAAUGUGUUUACUUGCAGGAUCAAGCUUUGGCCAAAUUGGCACUAGUGGCCGAUACGCUCGAAGAACUAGAAGUGUCCAGUUGUAAAAAUAUAACAGACCACGGAUUGCUAUGUUUAAGAGAAUUGAAGAAAUUGAAACAACUAGUGACCUACGAGUUGCCAUAUGUAAAAGAUUUAAAGUCUGUCGAGACGCAAUUGAAGCAAGGUCUUCCAGAAUGUAGAUUGGAUCUCAGACCAUAGCGACACUUAGUACCAGUAAGAAAGGAUACUCAUUGAAUAUUACAGUGAAGAGUCUUCAAAACAACAGGUAAUUUAUUUGUUAUAUUGAAAC